CGUCAACCAUGCGUAAGUUUUCGGUGCUGGUCUCGCAACACUCGGCCAGAUUGCACCUCGGUGUCACACACAGGGUCAUCGCGCACGGCGAUCAAAUCCGGAGACGAUGAUCCAUGUCCACACCGAUUCAGUGACCGAAGUCCCGCCACGAGGCCGCUCUCAGUCGCAACGCCGGACCAGCUCAGCUGACGGUGCGGACGCCAAAGAGCUGCAAACAACACUCACUCAUUCUGCAAUUGGUUGCUCCCCACCAACAGCUAAAUCCCCACCUCAACCGAUACCAUGCUUCCGUCUACCGAAUCGACCAUCAAGACGUGCGGCCUGAAGCGCCAAUUGUCCGACACCUCGUCCGUGCACGCGUGCACCGUGCCGGGCUGCAACCGGCAGUUCACCCGCAAAUACACGCUCAUGGAGCACACGAAGACACACACCGGUGAACGCACGCACAUUUGUCCAGUGCCCACGUGCGGUAAGAGCUUUAGCACGUCUGGCAAUCUGUCCCGUCACAAGCGUCUCCAUGGCUACAUUGAGCCGCUCAAGUGCCCCGUUCAGGGCUGUAUCUGCACGUUUCCGAGCAACAAUAAGCUGGAGAAGCACAUGAAGUUUCACUAUGGCACGGCCAACAAGAUCUGUGUAGUGCCUGGGUGCGGCAAGACCUUCACCACAACCGGAAAUCUGAACCGUCAUUUGAAAAACCAGCACGGUCACAAGCAGGACAAGGCGCCGAUCACACCGGUGACAACGGAUCUGCCUCCACUCAACAGUGGAGCGAGCAGCCCCACAAGUGCGGAGCAAUGGUUCCCCCUCCCGACAAGUGAUAUUGAUUCGGUCUGGAGCGAAGACGUGUCGUCAUGGACGUCUGCAUCAACCACGGGAUUGUUCGAAGAUGUUUGGAAUCCGGUGCUGCUCGACACAUUAGUGAACAUGUUGGACGACCAGAGCGCAUUCUCAUGUUAGGAAUAUGAUCAAGUUCCGAAUAAUAUGUUAAGUAAAAACAACGUUGAGCAUGCAACUAUUAUUUUUGGUAGCUUGUACGACGCCACUUGACUUUCUAGCU